GAAAUAUCGCCCUGAGUCGCCAUGCCCGGUGAAGCAACAGAAACGGUCCCGGUCACCGAGCAGGAGGUGCAGCAGCCUCAAGUGGAGACUGGAUCUGGCACCGAGUCAGACAGUGACGACUCGGUCCCUGAGCUAGAGGAACAGGACUCUGCACAGACUCAGACACAACAAGCCCAGCUUGCAGCAGCUGCCGAAAUAGAUGAGGAACCUGUCAGCAAAGCCAAACAGAGCUGCAAUGAAAAGAAGGCACGAAAGGCGAUGUCGAAGCUUGGUCUCAGGCAAGUAACUGGAGUCACCAGACUCACCAUUCGCAAGUCAAAGAACAUCUUGUUUGUCACCACCAAACCGGAUGUCUACGAGAGCCCUGCAUCAGACACGUAUAUCGUCUUCGGUGAAGCUAAGAUUGAAGAUCUUUCUCAGCAAGCCCAACUGGCAGCCGCAGAAAAGUUCAAGGUACAGGGAGAAGCGGUAUCAAACCUCCAGGAAAACCCACAGACACCCACAGUACAGGAGGAGAGUGAAGAAGAGGAGGUUGAUGAGACCAGCGUUGAGGUGAAGGACAUUGAAUUCGUCAUGUCACAAGCCAACGUGUCACGAGCAAAGGCUGUACGGGCCCUGAAAAACAGCAACGACAUUGUCAAUGCUAUUAUGGAAUUGACGAUGUAAAGGGACUGAAGAGUUGAAGAAAAGUUGCUGAUAUAAUCUAAGCUCAUUUAUACAAUUUAUACCCAAGAUGGAAAUAAAGUUGUGGCUUGAUAAAAAAAA